CCACUGCGUGGCCCGGGCGUCCACGGCGCGCGUCGACGCGGGGCUUCGGCCCCAGUAACGCGUCUUGCCGAAGCCAAUCGUCUUGACGUCGCCCAGGACGAACUCGCCAUCCUCGGCGCGCCAGCGGCACAGAGGCUGCCCUUGAUGAAGCAAUGCCGUAGUGAUGCUGUGGCGAAUGGCAUGGCUAGCCUGUGCGUGUGUCGGCACCACGGUGGUCGACCUGUCCCAGGACUGGGUCGUUGAUACCAACGCAGAGGCCGAGGCGAGGCUCGACGCAGCGGUCGCCAGCGACAUCCUAUCGUACGCGUUGGUGCAUGGCGGCCGCUUUGUCAGUGAAUACUAUCGAGCCGGCCGCGAUGAGUCCUCGACGGCAGCGCUCUGGUCCGUCACCAAAUCUUGGAUGAGCCUCAUCAUUGGCACGCUGGAGAAGGACGGCCUCCUCACGCGGCAGUCGACGCUGGGCGAGCUCUUCGACGCCGUCGACUGGACGCAGGUCUCCGACGCCGCGGCGAAGAAGCUCGUCACCGUCGAGGACAUUCUACAGAUGGAGAGCGGCUUCGAGGAGGACGGCUGGCUGUUUGAGCACUACUUGGGCGGCCUCGUCGGCGCGCUCAAUUUUGGUACUUUUGUCGCAUCCGAGACCGGGCGGUUCAAUUACCAGAAUCACCACUUGUUGUCGUACGUGGUCUAUGAGUUGACCGGCCUGACACCGCUCGCCUAUGCAUCGCAGAACGUCUUCCCCGCGCUGGGCGUAGACCCCUCGGAGUUGGCCUGGGACGCGAACAGCGAAGGCGUGUCGUACGGCGCGUUCGGUCUGUACAUGUGCGCGAGGCAGAUGCUCAAGCUCGGCCAGCUCAUGCUCCAGGGCGGCGACGACCUCGUGACGCCGGCCUGGGCCGCCGACACGUUCACCGAUUCCACGAGCGGCGACCCGGGCUGGGCCGGCUACGGGUAUCUCUGGUGGCUCCCGCGGGACGAGGCGUCAUACUUGGCAAUCGGUUAUAAUGGGCAGUUCGUCGCGAUCUACCCUGACCACGACGCCGUGUUCGUGAUCCAGUCGGACGAUACGACGAGCGACGCGUCCUCCUGGGACCUCCUCGGCGAAGUACCUAGUGUCAUCGCGGGUCUACCGCCGGCACCGACGCCAGCGCCCAGCACCCCGACGCUGCGGCCGACGAGCGCGCCUGCGGGUGGCUCCAGCGGCAGUUCCAGCGGCGGUUCGGACGAGGUCCUCGACGGCGCUUCGAUCGGCCUUCUCGUCGGCGUCGUUUUCCUGGCGGCGGUGGUCGCCGGCGGCGCGUUCUACUACCGUCUUUCGAAAAGAGCGACGUGGCUAGCACCUGUGGUGGAACUCGCCCGUCGCGAGACCGCAGCGUUCUGCACCCAGUGCGGAGCAGCGCGCGCCUGCGGCGCGGACUUCUGCACUUCGUGCGGGACGCCCUUCGUCGACGAGAGGCUCCCGCCAUGACUCGUCGAGAAGCCCUGACUCCAUUCCCCCGCGCGCGUCGUCAUUCGUCAUUCCGUUUGUAUAUACGACCUCGGCGGCUCGUUACUAAUCUGCCGCUCGCUAGCAGACUCCCAUUUAACCGAACAUUUCAUUAGACAAAAAGCCUUGUACUUAGACAUUGGACAUGGUGCGGAGUAGUAUGCUCCACAUGGGUGACUCGCGAGAUAUGUACGAUGGGGCGGAAAGCCGGGGCUCGAUGGGGACGGC